AUGCCUCCAGGCCGCCCAAACACCUUGAAGCGGGCCAGUGACUCCACCGGUUCUGACCAAGGCGACGGCGCUUCCACCAAGGUGAAGCUGCCGCGUCUCGAACGCGGUCCCGAGGACUUUUCCAGCGUUGUCAAGUCCAAGCUGCAAUCGUACACCCGGACAGGCCAGGCUUGCGACAGGUGCAAGGUUAGAAAGAUUCGCUGCGAUGCGCUCCCCGAAGGAUGCUCCCAUUGUACCAACCAGAAUCUCGAAUGCUAUGUCACCGACCGAGUCACGGGGCGCACCGAGCGUCGAGGAUACUUGCAACAGUUAGAGCGUGAAAAGGGUGCCAUGCUGGCUCACAUACGGUCGCUGGAAAAACUGCUGGAGAACAAUGGCGUCGAGGUCAGGCCGUGGCAGUUCCCUGGGUACAACAACACCUACCCUGAAGGUAUGGUUUUUGACGCCGUGGGCAACCCUCUCAAGGACUCCUGGUCUCAGGUCGGCUUGGUGUGGGUGAAGGGAGGCCGGCAAAAACCGCCAUUGGAGCGCAGCUCGAGCACGCGAUAUCCCCUGAUCGAAGCGAGGCCUGCCAAUAACCAUCUCGGUGUGUCUUCGGACAAGGAGCCGCUGAGCUCCAUCAAGGGAACUACAUUGUCCAUCCUGGGCACCACUCUCGAUAUUACAGCCUCGUUUGACGGCCCAGACAUGGACGAACCGCCGGCGGGCACGACUUUUGGCACGCCCCUGUACAACAAAUCUGUCCAGGCCUUCUUCCAGACCUCGCUCAAUAUCCAUCCCGCCCCGCCCAACGUUGAAUUGCCUUCUCGACAUGACGCCUUCACCUAUGCCGAGUGGUACUUUCUGACCCUGUCACCGUUUCUUCCCAUCUUGCACAAGCCUUCCUUUCUCCAGCUGUUGAGGCGAAUUUACGAUGAACCAAACUUUAAACCUUCAGUCCCGGAACUGGUCAUUACCCACAUGGUGUUUGCUACCAUCUAUUUCCAAUAUGGUGUUCGAAACAGAGAAAAGCCGGAGCAGUACGUUCAGCUCAACGACCUGUCCAACAAGCACUACCACUGGUGCCUCAGCAAGUUCUAUGAUCUCGCCACAACCCAGUCUGUCACGGCUGUCCAAGCUCUCGCCAUGAUGAUGUCGCACACUCGAAACUUCCCCAAGCCCGGCUGUGCUCUGACGCUGGCCAGUUUUGCCUUUAUGAAGGCAAUCGAGCUGAAUCUGCAUCGUGCGAUCAAGAUUCCCGGCGGUGGCACAACGUUGGAAAACGAAACGCGGAAACGCGUGUGGUGGGCCAUUCUGGCCUUGUAUAGCACCAUCAACGGUCGACUCGGCCGGCCAAUGCCCCUGUCUAUCCAAGAGUUCGACGUGGAAUUCCCCAUUGCGAUUCCGGAUGAGUUUCUGGGAGAAGAGGGGGUGCUGGACGAGUCCAAAGUUGGACAUUGCAACUACCAAGUUGGUCUGAUGGGAUUCAAAGUGACGCCUUUGCUGAUCGAAAUGUUUUCCAAACUGUAUGGUGCGCGGCGGGACCCAAGCACGUACGUCGACGUGGUCCGAGAAUUGGAGGAUGGAAUGCGCAACAUGCUCGACAAUCUUCCCGAGGAGCUCAACGUAGAAACGACCAAACCUGAAGCAAAGGUUUUUGCGCUUUAUACACAGGCGUUUUGUCUCGAGUUUACCUUGUGUCUGAGACAUCCUUCGGUCUGUAUGACGGACGAUCCCAAGUUUUGUGCGGAAAAUACCAGGAUAUGCGAAGAGACCGUAAAGAAGCUGCUCAAGGUGGUGUCGACGUUGCACACGCUAAAGUCGCUCGAUACGACGUGGUAUCAGCUGGCUGUGUACGUGGCCGCCAUCUUCACGCAGCUUGUUGCGCAGUGGGAGCGGCGGUUUGAGACGACGGUCUUGGAGGUUGCCAGUACCCGUGAGGACAUGGCCACAUGGCUGGCCAUCAUUGGGGAGAUUGGGCGUUUGCUUGGUACAGGGAACCGUCUGGCUACCGAAGUUGGGGUCAUCAUCGAACGCACACUGGGCUGGAUCGAGCAGGACAUGGCCCGUAAGGAUGCCUCCUCGCAGGACAUUCAGCCACACAGCUUGAAGUCUCAACAGGACCCCAGCCAUGGCUUAUCGGCCGUCGCCAGCGGAGGGACACAACCAGACCAACAGCCCGCUCCCAUCAACGGAAACGGCUACUACGAUUCGGGUCCCGUACCCAGCUCCACCACACCGUAUCCGGCCCUGACGUACGCGGACCAAGGUGCUGUACAGCAAAACGGCGGUGCUGCAACGUUCGACUCGGCGGAUGGCGCGUCGUACCUCUAUGCGGCUGCGUCGGCAGCAACAGCGGCAAGCGUCUCCCCCAACGGUUCUACGCCUGUCGAGCCAACCAACCCACUGAUUGCAUUCGCAUCACAGGCAACACAACAUGUUGCCGGACAGUCAACAGACGACUGGCGUCCCCAAGCCCAAGCAUCGGCUGCUGCACAAAUGAUGGCGCACAACGCGGCAAACACAUGGCAAGACUGGACUGCCGCUAUCGCGGGCGCCGCCGGGAACAACAGCCAGGAGCGCUUCAGCGCGAGUGCGUUGCUUACUCUAGGGUCAGGCAGGCCAGGUGACGUCCAGCUGGGCCACGUUGUCGAGGGUGUACCAACGCAGGCCGACGCCAUGGGUGUUGGAAACGUUGCCAACGCCCAUUCCGGUGCGCAAUGGCCACUGUUAUUAUUCCACGACGGCACCGGUGUGCCGGGAGGCGGUGGAGGAGGCGGCGCUUGA